CAUGCUCAAAGGCAACCCACUCUCAAUCCCUGCCACGUGUAAUCCACCCACCCCACUUAUUAUAGUUAAGAUAAUUCCAAUUUCCAUAUUACACAUUUAUUAUUACAUCGAUCACAUUUUUUCCCAUUAAAAAAAUAUAUUAUAUUCCAUUUAAUAAAAAAUAUUGACCAUCCAAUUAUGGUCAAUGUAGUUAAGAAAAUUGAGAUCAACCAGCUCACCACACCCAUUCAUAUUUCUUCUUCUUCUUUUCUGACAAUAUUUUUAAUCUGUUUUUGUUUUUUUUUUUCACUAUGGGGGCGCGUGGCAAUGAAUUUAAGUUUUUUCUGUUUUUUUUAACCAAAAAAUUUGAGUUUUUAACUUUGUAGGGUCCACUUAGGCCAUCUCCCGCCCAAAAGACCAAGAAUAAUAGUCUUUGCUUUGCUCUUCUUUUGUAAGCAAAAAUCACCAACGAAGUAGAAAGAUCUGAAUCAUCUGAUCUCUCAAUUAUGGAGGACGCUCAAACUUUUCAAUCAGGGAACAAUGGCAAAUCCAAGCUUCUUCGUUACGCGUUGCGAUCGGGGACUAAAACGAAGGAGGAAAAGCCUUCGAGUUCUGAAAUCCCCAACUCCUCCACUAAGAGGAUGAGAGUUACAUCGAGUGUAAGCAAAAGUGUUAGUGUUCUUGAUCUCUCCGACAAGGACAAGUCUGCUAAGCCACCUAGGAGGCUUUCUAUUCCAGCCAAGUCUUCUGCAAGUCCAGCCCCAAGACUAGCGAGCAGUAUCACUCCAAUUGCAGAGGUUAAAAUGAAGAGGUCUGAAAAUAUUCAGAAGAGAACAGAAACACCAUUUUUAACAAGAUCAACAAGCCGAAAGAAGUUCAGUGUUCUGUCCUCAGCCUCUUAUUGGCUUUCUCAGAUUAAACUCUCCGAAUCUUCCAACAAGCACUCAAUUUCACUUGGGUUUUUCAAGCUAGCCUUGGAGGCAGGAUGUGAGCCUCUUCAACGAGUGAAAGAUGAGCUUGCAUCCUAUGCGCGCCGUCAUGACCUAGAUGAUGAACUUGGAGAGCCUUUAAAGGAAUUGUUCAGGAGCUAUAAUAUUGUAGAAAGUUCAACGCAGUUGCAGGUCUCUGAGUCCAUUUCUCAGGUACCUGAAGAAGGAAGCCGCUCCUCUGAUGAUGAAACCCGGAGCACGUCUUCCAUUGUGUGUACAAGGAACCAGGAACUGAAACCAAGGGCGUUGAACAUUGAUGCUGCUCAAGUUUCCCCAGUUGCAGGUUCAACCAAAAAGAACACUACUCAGAAAUCUAACCCCACAAGCAGAACUAGGGGAUCUGUGGCAAAAGACUUGGCAAACACGAGAUCUCUUACUGCCACUGGAGCCAAUAAUAAUAAGUCCACUAAGAAACCCCAGAAACCAAUUAAGCAAGAAGUCAAAAAAGAAAAGGAUCUGAUGAAGAAAAAGGGAAAGAAACUUGCUGAUAAAGAAGGUUCAGUUAGUCCUACUCGCCCAGAGAAUGCACUGCAAGAGAACAAAGAAAAUAUGGGGGCUGCAUCAGUGGAAGAGAUCAGUUUGACUGAGGUCAUAUAAUCGUUCUGCUACUAAAACUUGGCUGGACAAGAUGAUUGUCACAAUUGAUGGGUUUGUCUUCAGUGUUUUUUUAAAGUGGGGACUUUUCCUAUGUAUAGAAAGGAUUGUAUUGCAACUUGCAAGUUUUUCAGUCUGUGUGUGUAAGAAAGAACGAAAAUUUCUUUCACCCUUUUAUUUUUUUUUUCUUUGGGGGAUUGGUUUAAACUUGAAAGUGGAUUGAUGUGUGUUUAGUAUUUCUUUAUACACUUGCCGAUUACAAGUUAAUGUAGUAACACAUGAAUUUACACUAUCAUUGUUCGUUUGAAA